GUAUUUGUGUCCCUCUUCGCGGAGAACCAUUAGCUCCACCUAGCUUAAGUGGCAACAGCUAUUGCGCGUUUUCAUUUUUAUGCCAACCAGCUUUUUUUUUUAUCAUAAUACAAUUUAAUCCUACGUGUUUCUCCGGCUGGCGAGGAGGCUCGUCGCAGCUAUGGCGAGCCGCCUCCCUCUGCACUCUCAGCUCUGCUCCAUCAUGGAGACGAUGGCCAGGUCUGCCCUGGGUCAGAUCAGCAAGCUGGUGGACGAGGACUCGGCCGAGCUGCAGCUCGAGGUGUCCCGGCUCCUGUUCGCCAAUUCCGCGCUGGCGGAGAAAGUAAAUCGGCUGGAGAGCGACCUGAGCACCGUGAGAAGCGACGCCCCCAACUCGUGUAAAGGUUCCCGCACCGUGGGUGUUCAGACCGUCCGCCACAGUGGUGGAGAGCCUCAGGAGUCUGGGUGCCCCACCAUAGAAGCGAUCUUUGGGAAAGACUGGUGCAUGAGUCUGUGGAAAGACAGAGACCCGUAUCAUCCGGACACAGUCACAGACUCACCAACAUGUGAUAAGUCUGUGGCAACGAUAUCUGGCCAAAUUACAAAAAGUGAGGAUUCUGUGGAGGGUGCUGUCAGCAGCUGCCAGCAGGAAACGCUGAGUACAGAGGCAGGACAUGAAGAAAGUACAGCUGUGGAACCAGAGCAGCUGUCAUUGGGUUACUCGGCUGAUGGUAGCACUUGCACGCUGUCAGUUGAUCAGGAAGGAGAACAGGUCGAGUCUGCAGCUGCUAUUGAAAAACCAUCCAUGCAGCUGAUUUCCAUCAACGACACAGAGGAAGCCUUCAGCACUUUUAUCAUUCCAAUCGAAGAUGACGACGACUGCAACGACGACGACAACUGCGACGACGACGACUGCGACGACGACGACGACGACGUACAGUUUGUUCAAGAAAGUCAGCAGGAGCCUCCUAUGAACGCUGCUGCGAGUGGGCCCAGCAACAACAAGCUGCAGAUAUUACCAACUGACAACACUGAAAACAGCACGGCUGUGGAAAAAGGUUCACAAGAAAACCUUACUAUGCCUAAUGUAGCAACUGUCGGAGCUCCAAAAAAACAAAAAUUCACAUGCACAAUAUGCAGCAGGACAUUUUACCACAAGGGCACUCUGACGUGCCACAUGAAAUCACACAAGUCCAACUUCUGUAGCAUUUGUAAGCAGCAUUUCCAUCACAAGACCAAGUACAAGUCGCACACCUGCGUGCCUCCACUUCCUUCUAAGACGGUCAGCAAGUCUUGCCAGUUGUGCGGGAAGAGCUUUGCAAACCCAUCGGCUCUGAGGAUUCACUAUGUGGUCCACACAGGGGAGAAACCCCACAAGUGCAGCUUAUGUGGAAAGAGGUUCACCCAGAAAGGCAAUCUAAAAUGUCACUUACGCAUCCACACUGGAGAGAAACGGUUCCGCUGCGGUAAAUGUGGAAAGACAUUCACGCAAAAGGUGAACCUCAACCAACAUAUGAUGGCACACAAAAAUCCUGAUGUCGGGGGAGACAAGCCUGUAGCUUGAGGACAUCUUUAGAACUUGGCUGAAACCUGUCAGUGACUGAUUGUACUUUUAUUUAUUUAAAUGCAGAAUAGUACUGCUCACAUUGACGUUAGGGUAGUUAAUGUUAUUUUUAGUAGCAGGAGUAUGAAGCAAAUGUUCUGUUUCAUACUCACUUUUAUUUACCCUUUUUCGAAGUUCAGCAUCUUAGUUGUUGUUACUUUCUUUAGAAUAAAGAACAGUCACAUUUGUUCACUUUGAGAUUCAAAUGUUUAUUGAUAGAACUCUUUUUUUUAAAGUAUUUUUGCCUUGAAUAUAAUCUUCCACUUUGGCAGUUUGGAGGGCUUUGAAAGGGGCAUGCAGGUGUGAGUGAAAUAAAAAAAGACAUCCCUCUUGGGUUCAGAGAAUC